CUGUUUGUACUGAUGUGUGAAAAUUGUUCCAGUUGUUUGUGUGCCAUGUCAUUUCUCCACCCCCCUCGAUGACAACAAAGCCAGCCUACAGUACCCCUCACCCCCAGUCACGACUCAGGUUUCUUUCGGAAGGUUUUUUGGUUUGUAGACAACAUCAUGUUUGUCUCUUGCCUUGUCAUGCUUUGGCAACAGUAGAAACUCUUAUUUUGAAGAAUAGUGUGGCAUUGUGGAAAAAUGGGAUAUUUACGAAGGUGUAAAUUUGGGUGAUUUCCGUAUUAAAAAAAAUUCUACCCUACAGCAUGUGGGCACAUUCCAUGACUGUUCAGGAUUAUCAGGAUCUCAUAGACCGAGGAUGGCGAAGAAGCGGAAAAUACAUGUACAAACCUGUCAUGAACCAAACUUGUUGUCCUCAGUACACAAUAAGGUGCCGACCUUUACAGUUUCAGCCAUCAAAAUCUCACAAGAAGGUUUUGAAAAAAAUGUUGAAAUUUCUGGCUAAAGGGGAAAUUUCAAAAGGACAUUGUGAGGAUGAGCCUAUGGAGCCCACCGUGGAGGAUGCCGUUGCGGGUGACUUUGCAUUAAUAACGAAAUUGGAUGCACAGUGUGACCUUAGAACGCUCAGUGGUGACUUCAGAGAGAGCUUAGAGAGUGAAGAGAAGAAGAAAAUAAAGAGCUCAAAGAAGGAAGAAUCUAAUGAAUUAAUUCAGUCACAAGAUAUAGAAGAGAAGUUGGGCUCUGGUGAACCAUCACAUUCAGUUAAAGUGCAUACAGUCCCUAAGCCAGGCAAAGGGGCAGAUUUGAGUAAACCUCCCUGUCGAAAAGCAAAGGAAAUCCGGAAAGAAAGAAAGAGGUUAAAACUCAUGCAGCAGAACCCAGCCGGAGGACUUGAGGGUUUCCAGGCUCGGUGUGAACCACCAACUUUGUUCCCAGCAAAAGCUAAAUCAAACCAGCCCAAGUCACUUGAAGAUUUAAUCUUUGAAUCUUUACCAGAGAAUGCAUCACACAAGUUAGAGGUGAGGUUAGUACCUGUCUCCUUUGAGGACCCAGAGUUCAAGUCGUCCUUCAACCAGUCAUUUUCUUUAUAUGUCAAGUAUCAAAUGGCCAUACACCAGGAUCCGCCUGAUGAAUGUGGGAAGACUGAGUUCACCAGAUUCCUUUGCAACUCACCUUUGGAGGCAGAGAAUCCCCCUAACGGACCAGAUUGUGGCUAUGGCUCCUUUCACCAGCAGUAUUGGCUUGACGGAAAGAUCAUUGCCGUGGGGGUGAUUGACAUCCUUCCAUACUGUGUAUCGUCUGUCUAUUUGUACUACGAUCCUGAUUAUUCAUUUCUGUCUUUGGGUGUCUACUCUGCCCUCCGAGAAAUUGCUUUUACUAGGCAACUUCAUGAGAAAACACCUCAGCUCAGCUAUUAUUAUAUGGGUUUCUACAUUCAUUCAUGUCCCAAGAUGAAAUAUAAGGGUCAGUAUAGACCGUCUGACUUGCUGUGUCCUGAGACGUAUGUUUGGGUGCCCAUCGAGCAGUGCCUGCCUUCCCUUGAGAACUUCAAGUACUGCCGUUUCAACCAGGACCCGGAAGCAGUGGACGAAGGGCGCUGUAAGGAUCCUGACCGCCUGCAGGUGUUUUACAGGAAAGCCGUAAUGCCUUACGGUGUUUAUAAGCAGCAGCAGAGAGACCCCAGCGAGGAGGCCGCGGUGCUGCAGUACGCGGGCCUGGUGGGGCAGGCGUGCUCCGAGCGGAUGCUGCUGUUCAGGAGCUGACCGGCUCGGGCCGCCCUCUGCCCAGCCCGCCCACGCUGUGCUGAUGACGCGGGCCGCGGGCCGCGGGACAAGUUCAUUUCCCUGGGGAAAUUCCGUUACCGUCCACAGAUUAGAUUUUUUUGAUCUUCACAGUUAUAUGGCUUUUCUAAAAUAUUUUGUGGCAAUGUGUUUGUGAGAACCUCAUGGUUAAUAUAAAGAUUUUAAAAGUAUGUUAUGACCUAGACUCAGAAUUGGGGUUUAUCAUUUGGGAAGCUGGUUUCAUGAACAAGACAUGCUAAACUUCUCUUGGUAAUAUUUUGGAAAGUAAAAUUAAUAAGUGAAUCUUAAGUAAUUUAAAUCACAGAUGUGGUUUUUUUGUCCUGUUAGAGGAAUCAAAACUGACUGUUUCCUCAGAUCCAUUUAAAACAUUAGUUAAUGCUGAAAAAAUUUAGGUAUGGGGAAAAGGUGGGAAUUCUAUUUUACCACUUAGGAAAUGUCUUCUCAAGGGAACAAAACUGGGCUGUUAAAACUCAGUGUUCAAUAUUACAUUACUGCCGAAUGUUAUAUUAUGUAGUUUAUUAGAAAACUUGAAAAAGGGAAAUAGUACAAACAUCAAAAA